AUGUACAAGCUUGGAAUAGAUGAAGAAUCUAUGUUUGCACUAAGAGCUGCAAUGACAGCUUCUACUCAUGUAGACCAAAUAGAUCUUAUUCCGAAACCGUUAUUUUUGUUCAUUAUUGUACCAGAUUUUCUAUUUAUCAUUGCAUUUUUGCUAUUGUUCUGGUAGUUAUUGUCACUCUAUAACCAAGGUCAUGCAAAUUUAUUUAAAGUUAUGUGCUAAGGAAGAGGUUAAUAUUUAAUUCUAGUCACAAUUGUAGUGCUAAGUACACUAUAACUAACGAUGCUUUGCCUCUAUAUAUUCUCAGCAGUUUCAGCUAAAGCUUUUUCAAUUGAAUGCACAGUAUUGAAUUUUGUAGCAGCAACAUUCGUUUGGAUAGUGCUACUGAUUUAUGCGAUUAAAUUUUCUGGAAGUCCUUUCAGAUCACCUGCAUAUAAAAUUAAAAUGAGAAAACUUACUCUAGCAAUUGUAAUCUGGUGCAUCACUCGAUAUUUUAGAGGAAUAUCUGGGGCAUUUGAAACUAGAUGCUAUAAAUUUGUACUCUAAAGUCUUACUAAUAACCUCAAUGAUAGCCUUGCACUUCCUUUAUUAAGUAUAUUGGUUUUUGUUAUUCAAGAAGUAGUGCCAAUGCUUGUAGUUCUAGAUUGGAGUUUUAUGGAAAUUUUUGUCAUCUGCGGGGAAUAAAAUACGUCAAGAAGGUAUGUGCCUGGAAAUUAUAUGUAUGACGGUAUGAGUAGUUAUGACUAUAACGAUUAAUUUUCGUUGAACUUCAAUAACUUUAAGGAUUCUAACUUUAGAAUAAGCCCAUCAGCAAAAAACAUCUAGCCAAAAUUAUUUACUAGCAGAUUAUCGAAUGAUAAUCACGGAUCAGGGACUGGAGGAAUUGGAAGUAGAAAUGAUUCUCUUUCGUCCAUUUAAAAUUCAAAAACUAAGAUAAAAAGAAUAAAUAAUCUUGGUAGAUACUAGUAAGAUCUUAACGGCAUGGUUUCGAGAAUCAAAAGACAAAUAAACCUCGAUUUAUAAGAUGCUAGAUAGCCUCUUUUUUAGAGUAACUAAAAUCUAAAUAUCAUAAACGAAAAUAUCAGUAAUAACGCGAUUGAAUUGAUUUCAAAUAACUAAUAGAAUCAGUAUUUGACUAAAAGAAUAAAGGACUAGGAAAACUAUAUGAAGCCAAAUUUCAUGAAAAGGAUGAAUGUUGGACUAAAGGAUAUGCUUUCAAUACUGGGAGUGAAUUUUGAUCCUAAAAAAUUAAUUCUAUACAUUCUAAUGCCAAAGGAAGUGUCACUAUUUUCAAUUUUGCACUAAAAUUAAUUCAAUAUCUUCCUUUCUGGAGAACUGAAGAAAAACAUAGCAAUAAAGAUAGCUAAAUGCAUGAAAAAUAUCCAUGAAAAAUAAAGAGAUUUAAGAUCCUCUGAUCCUGAAUCUAACUAUUACUCUCAUAAACAUUUAUCAUCAUACAACGUCAUGUUUUGUGAUUUCAAAGAUAAAGUAUAAAAUAACACACUAUAAAAUGAAUUUACGGUUUAAAUCUCUGAUUUGGGGUCAGACUUAUUAAAGAAAUAUGCUAAGCUUUUUAUGGGAUAUUAGAAUCUAAACUCAUGGAGCCCACCUGAGCUUUUCUAAUAAGAUCCUUACUUUAAAAGUACAAACUCUAGUCUUGCAUCAAUCUAAGAUAAUCAAAAUUAAUAUUAUGGUGUUAUUUUGUGGGAGCUUGAAACAGAAUUAAUCCCAUUUGAAGGAAUGGACGAGAAAGAGAUAAAAAAUUUAGUAUUAGAUUAGAGUCUAAGGCCUUAAAUAACUCAUGACACAGAUUAAAAUUUAGCUUAUUUGAUUAGAAGCUGUUGGCAAAAGAAACCUGAUAAAAGACCUAACUUUGAUUAUAUUAUAGAAUUCUUGGAUAGAGUACAAUUUAGUGAGUCAAUUAAAUUUUGA